AUGGCUGCUGGUGAGAAUAGUGGCAGGCCUCCGUGUCUCAACUUUGUCGGCGCAGGUCCUCUGGGAAACAGCCAACCUAGCAAUAGCGUUUUCUCGAUGCCGGCAUCCAAUGGCGGAGUGUUGGGUUCGGCUGGCGGGGCGCAGGGAGCUACUCGACGAUCCAACCCGCAGCUGGGCCCUGGCGGUCUAGACGGCAACGGCGUUCUGACCUCCGGAGCUUCGCUGACCGCACAGGGCUCUCUCCAGCCGCCGACUUCGGCGAGUGCGGCAGGCUCCGGAGGCAUGGAUACCCCGGCGUCUAACAUGGCAGCCGUCGCGGCGUCGAACGCGACCCCGGCGGCGGCGCCCGCCUCCGCACCGGCUGCCGCGUCCGUGUUGGUGUACCGAGAGCCGGUGUACAACUGGCAGGCGACAAAGAGCACCGUGAAGGAGAGGGUUGCGUUUCUGUUCAACAACGAAGUGCUCAGUGACGUUCACUUCUUGGUGGGCAAAGGAAUGGGGGUUCAGAGGAUACCCGCACACAGGUUCGUCCUGGCCGUUGGAAGCGCCGUUUUUGAUGCUAUGUUCAACGGCGGAAUGGCGACGACGUCAACGGAAAUCGAGCUUCCUGACGUGGAACCAGCCGCCUUUCUGGCACUGUUAAAGUUUCUGUACUCUGACGAAGUUCAGAUUGGGCCAGAGACGGUGAUGACCACACUAUAUACUGCCAAAAAGUACGCUGUGCCAGCCCUGGAGGCGCACUGCGUGGAGUUUCUCAAGAAGAACCUGAGAGCUGACAAUGCUUUUAUGCUUCUCACGCAGGCGCGCCUGUUUGAUGAGCCUCAGCUUGCCAGCCUCUGUCUAGAAAACAUCGAUAAGAACACGGGGGAUGCUCUCGCUGCCGAGGGCUUCACAGACGUUGACCUGGAUACGCUGGUCGCCGUGUUGGAGAGGGACACUUUGGGUGUGCGGGAGGUACGUUUGUUUGGCGCCGCGGUGCGCUGGGCGGAAGCGGAGGCCCACCGGCAGCAAUUGCAGCCCACCCCGGAGAACAAGCGCAAAGUGCUGGGCAAGGCGCUCACGCUUAUCCGCUUCCCUCUCAUGACCAUCGAAGAGUUUGCCGCGGGACCGGCGCAGUCCAGCAUACUGACUGAUCGAGAGGUGGUGAGUCUCUUCCUCCACUUCACGGUGAACCCGAAACCGCGCGUGGACUUCAUCGAUCGGCCGCGCUGCUGCCUCCGGGGGAAGGAAUGCAGCAUCACACGCUUCGGACAGGUGGAGAGUCGCUGGGGCUACAGCGGGACAAGCGACCGCAUACGAUUCUCAGUAAACCGGAGGAUAUUUGUGGUUGGCUUCGGCCUUUACGGCUCCAUACACGGGCCGACGGACUACCAAGUCAACAUUCAGAUUAUUCACACGGACAGUAACACGGUGCUGGGCCAGAAUGAAACGGGCUUCAGCUGCGACGGCUCGGCCAACACCUUCCGAGUCAUGUUCAAAGAACCGGUGGAGAUUCUCCCCAAUGUUAACUACACCGCCUGUGCUACACUCAAGGGCCCAGACUCUCAUUACGGGACGAAGGGAAUGCGAAAGAUCACACACGAGUCCUCAACAACCGGCACCAAGACCUGCUUCACCUUCUGCUACGCGGCGGGUAACAAUAACGGCACUUCGGUCGAGGACGGACAGAUUCCCGAGGUCAUCUUCUACACAUAGUCACCUCUGACAUUUGCGCUUGAUGUUCCAUCGAAUGUGACAGCCGAGGAAAGCGGCUCCCUUGGGUGGGGCUGGGUGUCAGGGUGGGGGAGUGUGGGGGGGGGGGGUCUACAUCCAGGGGCUCAUCUGUCAUAAUUCUGUUCCCUCCAUACGGUGCGCUACGGUCGGUCGCAUUGGAAGACAAAUGGCCACAAUAUUGUGUGUAGUACGUCUCUCUCUCUCUCCCUCUUCUUCCAUCUUUCCGAAACCGAUGUGACUGUUCAUGACUCCACAGCGGAACAAAAAAGUAAAGGAAAGGCUGUACCUGCCGAAAUUAUGAGCAGCAUGAAUAUCUCCGCUGUGGUUUGCCACCAAGAGCUUGACACACCGCAUGUCACCCCCCUCGGCCAGCAUUUCACAACUACCAAAGUCAGCGGGUAGCUGUCGGUUGCGCCCAUCUGCGGAUUUCAAAGGCGUUAGUCAAAGCAAAAACGUCUUGACCUUCACAGUACCGUUCGGUAAGUCAACUCGUGAGUUACUGCAGUAAAAAUGGUUUGUAUCUUUGCUUGGUAUCUGCCGAUACCCAAAAGCUCUCGCAUCGCACUUUCUUGGCCUUUGCGUAGUUGGUUGGUUGAUCAUUUUUUUUCAAAUAUCUUUCUUUUUUUUCCCCUUUUUUAAUUUUGUUGUAAAUAUAUGGGCC